AAUCAAUUAGACAAAUUUGGUUUGCCCUAAUUAGCCCCACCUUCGCCACUCCCUCCCAAGUGUUUUUAUUUUUUGGUUUAUUUUGGGUGUGUGAAUGCUUAAAAUCCCCAAAACCCUCCUCCCAAACACAGCCUCCGUCGUCUACUCUGUCUCUGUGUCUGUCUCUCUCUCUCUCUCUUGUUGUUGUAUCUCUAAAUAAAAAAAUAAAAUAAAAAACUCACAAGCAAGCCUUGUAGAGAGAGAAACAACAGAGAGAGGCAGAGGCCGAGGCAGAGAGCAGCCACCACCACCACCACCACCCCCAUUGACAAAUGGCUCAACCCACUGAUUCCGCUCAGCUGCAGCAAGCCCAACUGGCCGCGAUUCUCGGCCCAGACUCCGGCCCCUUCGAAACCCUAAUCUCCCACCUCAUGUCCUCCUCCAACGAGCAGCGGUCUCAGGCCGAGCUUCUCUUCAACCUCUGCAAACAAACCGAUCCCGAUUCCCUCUCUCUCAAGCUUGCCCACCUCCUUCAGUUCUCUUCCCACCCGGAGGCCCGAGCCAUGUCUGCCAUCCUCCUCCGUAAGCAACUCACCCGCGACGAUUCCUACCUCUGGCCCCGACUCUCCCCAUCCACUCAGUCUUCUCUCAAGUCCAUUCUUUUGUCCUGUAUUCAGCGCGAGGAUGCCAAGUCUAUAUCUAAGAAGCUCUGCGACACCAUUUCCGAGCUCGCCUCUGGGAUUUUGCCCGAGUAUGGUUGGCCCGAGUUGUUGCCCUUCAUGUUCCAGUGCGUUUCCUCCGACUCGCCCAAGCUUCAGGAAUCUGCUUUUUUGAUUUUUGCCCAGUUGUCUCAGUAUAUAGGCGAUACGCUGGUCCCUCAUAUAAAGCAGCUGCACGCUGUGUUCCUGCACUGUUUGACCUCGUCGUCCAGUUCCGAUGUGAAGAUCGCGGCUUUGAAUGCCGUGAUCAAUUUCAUCCAGUGCUUGUCGAAUUCCGGCGACCGGGAUAGGUUUCAGGACUUGCUGCCCGCCAUGAUGACCACGUUAACUGAGGCUUUGAACAAUGGGAAUGAGGCCACCGCACAGGAAGCUCUUGAAUUGAUGAUCGAACUGGCUGGGACAGAACCCAGGUUCUUGAGGAGGCAGCUGGUUGACGUGGUGGGUUCAAUGUUGCAGAUUGCCGAAGCUGAGUCCUUGGAAGAAGGCACGAGGCAUUUGUCGAUCGAGUUUGUCAUCACACUCGCGGAGGCCAGAGAGCGUGCUCCGGGGAUGAUGAGGAAGCUGCCGCAGUUUAUAAGCAGGUUGUUUUCGAUCUUGAUGAAGAUGCUUCUGGAUGUCGAGGAUGAUCCGGCAUGGCAUAGUGCUGAUAGUGAGGAUGAAGAUGCAGGUGAGUCUGGCAAUUACAGUGUUGGGCAGGAGUGUUUGGAUCGCCUUUCCAUUUCCCUGGGUGGGAAUACUAUUGUUCCUGUUGCCUCUGAGCAGUUGCCGGCAUUUUUGGCUGCUCCCGAGUGGCAGAAGCACCAUGCUGCACUUAUUGCACUUGCCCAGAUCGCUGAGGGUUGCUCCAAGGUUAUGAUAAAGAAUUUGGAUCAAGUGGUGGCAAUGGUCUUGAACUCGUUUCAAGAUCCCCACCCCCGUGUUAGGUGGGCAGCUAUUAAUGCAAUCGGGCAGUUAUCUACAGACUUAGGACCAGAUUUGCAAGUUCAAUACCAUCAAAAGGUGCUUCCAGCACUUGCUGCAGCUAUGGAUGAUUUCCCGAAUCCUCGAGUACAAGCGCAUGCAGCUUCAGCAGUGCUGAACUUCAGUGAGAAUUGCACUCCAGAUAUUUUAAAGCCUUACUUAGAUGGGAUAGUGAGCAAAUUGCUUAUACUUCUGCAGAAUGGGAAACAAAUGGUGCAAGAGGGAGCCUUAACAGCUUUGGCGUCAGUGGCUGAUUCAUCUCAGGAGCAUUUCCAAAAGUACUAUGAUGCAGUUAUGCCUUACCUGAAAGCUAUCUUGGUGAAUGCAACUGACAAAUCUGAUCGCAUGCUACGUGCUAAAUCCAUGGAGUGCAUUAGUUUGGUUGGCAUGGCUGUUGGAAAGGAGAAAUUCAGAGAUGAUGCUAAGCAGGUCAUGGAGGUGCUGAUGUCUUUGCAAGGAUCUCAACUGGAGACAGAUGAUCCAACCACAAGUUACAUGCUGCAAGCUUGGGCUAGACUCUGCAAGUGUUUAGGACAAGAUUUCCUUCCAUACAUGAGUGUUGUCAUGCCGCCCUUGCUUCAAUCUGCUCAACUUAAGCCAGAUGUAACCAUUACCUCUGCAGAUUCAGAUAAUGAUAUUGAAGACUCUGAUGAUGAAAGUAUGGAAACUAUUACUCUUGGGGAUAAAAGAAUUGGUAUCAAGACUAGUGUCUUGGAGGAAAAAGCUACAGCUUGUAACAUGCUUUGUUGCUAUGCUGACGAGUUGAAGGAAGGAUUCUUUCCAUGGAUUGAUCAGGUUGCUCCUACCUUAGUCCCACUUCUAAAAUUUUAUUUCCACGAAGAAGUUAGAAAAGCAGCUGUUUCGGCCAUGCCUGAGCUACUUCGGUCAGCAAAAUUAGCUGUAGAGAAAGGGCAAUCUCAAGGUCGCAAUGAGACUUAUAUAAAGCAGUUGUCAGACUAUAUUGUUCCAGCUCUAGUGGAAGCAUUACAUAAGGAACCUGAUACAGAGAUCUGUGCAAAUAUGUUGGAUUCAUUAAAUGAAUGCUUACAGAUAUCUGGACCCCUUUUGGACGAAAGCCAGGUCAGAUCUAUUGUGGAUGAGAUAAAGCAGGUGAUCACUGCUAGUUCAAGUAGAAAAAGAGAGAGAGCAGAAAGGGCCAAGGCAGAAGAUUUUGAUGCUGAAGAAGGAGAAUUAAUUAAAGAAGAAAAUGAACAAGAGGAGGAAGUUUUUGAUCAAGUUGGUGAAAUCUUGGGAACUUUGAUUAAAACAUUCAAAGCCUCUUUCUUGCCCUUCUUUGACGAGCUGUCAUCAUAUCUAACACCUAUGUGGGGAAAGGAUAAGACGCCUGAAGAGAGGAGGAUUGCAAUAUGCAUAUUCGAUGAUGUUGCAGAACAGUGUCAUGAAGCUGCUUUAAAAUAUUAUGACACAUUCCUCCCUUUUGUAUUGGAGGCUUGCAAUGACGAGAAUGCUGAUGUCAGACAGGCUGCUGUAUAUGGACUUGGUGUUUGUGCAGAAUUUGGUGGACCUGUCUUUAAACCUCUUGUUGGAGAGGCACUUUCAAGGCUAAAUGCCGUUAUUCAGCAUCCCAAUGCUUUGCAAUCCGAUAAUCUAAUGGCAUAUGAUAAUGCUGUUUCUGCACUAGGAAAAAUAUGCCAGUUUCAUCGCGACGGUAUUGAUUCAGCUCAGGUCGUUCCGGCUUGGUUGAAUUGUUUACCAAUUAAAGGUGAUUUGAUUGAGGCUAAAGUUGUUCACGAACAGCUUUGUUCAAUGGCAGAGAGGUCAGACAGGGAGCUUUUGGGUCCCAACAAUCAGUAUCUUCCCAAAAUUGUUGCAGUAUUUGCUGAGGUUUUGUGUGCAGGCAAAGAUUUAGCAACAGAGCAAACUGCAAGCAGAAUGAUCAAUCUGCUAAGACAGCUCCAGCAGACUUUACCGCCAUCUACCUUGGCCUCUACUUUCUCUUCCUUGCAACCUCAGCAGCAGCUUGCACUACAAUCUAUUCUCUCCUCAUAGUAUCUUUGCCUACAGAGUUGCACAAUGUUGUUUUUUAUAUACGCUGCUGCUGCUCCUGUCUUGUGUGUCAAAAUCUAUUUAUCAUCCAUUCUUUUCCAUAAGAUGGUUCCCAUCAUUGGACUUUGCAUAAUGUUUUUACAACAAGCCAGCAUCGAUCAUUGUGUGGAAGCUAUCCUUGCAAUUGGAAUGAUCGCUUUUUUUUAGAAUGUGUAUACUACAAAAGUGUUAAUUUAGAGUGCGGUUUUUUGAGUCCUAAAGAAGAAAAAAGGGUAGCGAAUUGUGGUUUGCGAGUUGAUAUAAAUUUUUGGUGGUUGGUGCGUGAGAUUUGAGGGUUGUCAAUGAGGCAAUUCUUGUAGCAGUUUUGGCCCCAAUUGUGUUUUAUUUUAUUUUAUUUUUCCUAUAUAUACAUACAUUGUGAGAAAUUGUCGACUAAAUUAUUGUUGGUGAUUCUUUGAUUACGUUUGCAAUUUUGAUCCCAUUUAGCAAUAAAAGUAGACCAUAAAGUUGUUAUGA